CGCAGCAGUUCUCGCAGUCAUCUUAAAUUUGCGAAAGGCUCGGACAUCGUGGUCGAGCAACAUUUCAGCCAACACACACACACACCCCGCCCGUCCAUGCGUAUGCCCUCGGUCUUGAGUUUGUCUUGUGCAUCUAUCUGUCUACGCCGUGCCGUGCCGUACCACCAUGUGUGACAUGUGAGUGGAACCUCAAUGGCUGCCUGCCAGCAUGGGACGUGUCUGUCCAGUUUGUGCAAAAGGCAGCCGAAUUACCAACCUCAAAACGCCUUUGCGCUAUCCCAAAAGUGAUGCCUGGGCAGGGCAUCCAUCACACCGGCACGUCACUCGUUCCAAUUUAGUCAGUGAGUCGAUGCCACGUGCAAGGGUGACAUCGCCAUGUGAAGCAUAUGUGUGUGUAUCAACAGGGGCGCCAAACCCAGACCACCACAUCCAUCAUCCAUCCAUCCAGAGACUAAACUCCUGCCUCCAGCCCCUCCCUGUGCGCGACGCAACACGUGCAGCAACCAUCGAUGGAUGGGUUGACGGAUGGUGCGUCUUGUGGUCAGGCAGGGCUGUGGUGUGCGGCUGUCUUAAUCACAGACAGACAAAACUCUCAGAGAGAGAACGAGUAGAUAUACAGAAACACAUAUUUAUAUAUUAUAUAUGCCCAUUUUCCCUCUUUCUAUUGGUGUGUAUGGUAUCAGUAGAAAAACCCACACAGCAUCACAUCACAGGCACCGAAUACCCACCCGGGCCAAGCCAAACGUGCAGCAGCGAGAGAGACAGAGAGAGAGAGAGAGAGAGAGAGAGGAUCCACACGGAUUACCCAUCAGCCAGCUACUCACUCAACCACCCCACCCACCCAUCCCCAUCCGGCAGCUACCACGGCACGCACUGCACACAUACCGUGCCUCUAUGUGUGUCUAUGUCUAUCCCUCGUCAGGCCGACGGAUUUUUGCAGCUGGCUCAGCCGGCCGACGGGUGGGGCGGGUGAGCUGCACACACAGAGGGAGGGGAGGGGAACACAGCAAAGGAAGCGCAUGUGUCCUUCUGUCUGUGUGUCGCGUGUGUCCUUCCUUGUUGUGUGUUAGCUGACUGACCGCGGAUGGGCGGGUCGUGCGGGUCUGUGUCGCUGCCCCUCAGUACGGUGCAGACGGUACCCAGCACUUCGUAUCGUUGAGCUGACAUGAAGACACUCAGUCCACUGACCGACCCAUCUCGCCCGCAGGGAGUCGUUUCUCGUUUCUCUCUAAAUGAGGGAACCUACCCUGUUUGUCGAGUCGCUCCACUGGGAAGCCGACCAGGGCCGUCUGAGCCAUCGAACGCGGCCAUUCGUCCUACACACACACACACAGGACAACCAUCGCUAAUCGAAUGCGUUUCCGUCCUUCGUGUGUCGUGCCUUCUUCUCUCGUGUGAACGUACCUCUACCCGGCUUUGGUAUGUCUUGAUGUCGUCGGCGGUGAGUGUGAUGGGGAGCGUCCUGCCGCCGAGGUGCCGCGACAGGCACAGCACCUGCUUGGUCUCGGUCCACCCGUCCUUCCGCAUGAUGCGCGUCGCCAGCUGCAGCUCCUCCUCACUCAGCCCUUGCAUGUCGAUCGUCACUACCCCUGUCAGUUUCUGGCUCUCGAUGGCACUCAGCAGCUGACAGACAGACAGAGGAGCAAAGAGUGUGUUUGCCAAAAAAAAGUCUUUCAUCUUUGCUCGUCUGUUCACGGCCUGCGGGUAUCUGACCUGCUGCUCGAGUUGGCUACGGUUCGGCCCAUUCGCCGCGCCACCUGCUUGAAUGCACCAAGCACCACACACACACACACACACACACCAGACAGACGGAAAGCAUCUCUCUCUCUCUCUGUGUCAGAUCUGUGUCUGCUGAUGUGUGUAGCGACACUGCACCCGCGCGCAAGACGGCGCCUCCGGCCGUCUGCAGGCACACAAAGGGAAGGCAUCCAAACAGCCAUUUUCGGACUUUUUUUCGCUCACCGAGCUGGCCUGCCCAUAGGUGCCGCUCUGCCGCUCCGCCAUCUCGCUCGGGAUGCACCAAACGCCUCACAGGCUCACAGAUCUGGCUGGCACGGACCGCGCGCACAUGGGGAAUCAAUCGACGUCUGUGUUUUCACUUGCUGCUUACGUCUACGGAGCAGAGAGGCCAAUACAGACUGGGAGCCAGAAACG